GAAAUUACCUGUACCGAUACGGAAGUUAUCUGACCGAGAGUACCAGUGAAUCCCAUUAUGCACUAUGUGAUACGAGGAGGCUAGAUACGCGAGGACGCUAGAUAAGGAGUUGGAUGUUUUUCGCGUGUUGCGGGACGCGGCGUGGAGAGAGCAGGUGGUUCCCGACGAGAAACGGAGGCUCGAGAAUCGAGGAGUCGUCAUCGAGGAAGGAUUCACCUCUCCCAAGACGAGUCGUGGCACGUGCCAGGAGGACGUUGAGAAUUCCGCGCGAGUCGGCGACUCCGAGGGCGGUGCAUCGAACCAUCGUACCCUGGACGCCGAUGAUUCCGUCAGGAUCAUUCACUGCCGACGAUCCGAGCUCGUCGAUCGUCACCGGAGCGUGCCGCGCGGUAACGACGAUCAGUCGCCAGAUUGGCAGGUCAGCGUCAACGCAUGCACCUGAGAAUGGAAGUGAGAGUUCGCUCGGGACCGAUCAGCAGCAGAAGCAGAAGCAGAAGCAGCAGCAGCAGCAGCAGCGUGAUAGUAGUAUCGAGUCGGUAUUCUGAAUUCGAGACGGCGGACGGGGAGCGAAAGCCGCUUGGAGGGUGCGGGACUGAAGGUGGCGGCAAGCCGUGCCGGAAGCUGUGGGAGUGGGUGGACGGCAGCGACGGGAUAAGGGUGGUAGCGGCGGCGGUAGUGCGGAAAAGGGUGGUGCAGGAGAGCGGGCGUAAAAAAUUGUCGGCGGCGGCGGCGGAGGGGAGGACGAAGGGGCGAAGGAGGACAGGCGAGAAGACGGCGGCGGCGGCAAACGGAAAAGGAAAGCGGAAAUCGGAAGCGGAGGAAGAAAGGGGUCGUCCAUCGGCAGGAGGGCCCCACAGAUGCGGGGCCCGCAGGGGCCAGUCCGCGGCGGCGUGACGCGAUGCGGACGUCCUCCUCCUCUUUGCCGAGGAAGAGGAAGAGGAAAGACCUCUCGCCUCUCGACACCGUCCUUCUCACCGGCGACUGGCAAACGUCAGUUAAACAUGCCCUCCGACAGCACUGUCCUUCACCACUCGAUAUUAUUGCACCGUAUCGAACGCGGCACGAGCCCCUUCACGGGGGACGAGAUGUUUUCUCGCCGUGUCGUGAGGUUUCUGGGAAGCCGGGAAAUUGCCAGACAAGCGGGAUUUCCGGCGAGCGAUGCUGGGAAUGGCGAAGGCGGAAAGGAGGUAAACACGACGAGGGAAGUAAACGAGAGAGGCGACGACGAAGUGCGGCGAAGGAUAUCGCGCACGGUAAAGGGACCCUACGAAGUGUCCCGUUCGACGGUGGUAUUGUCAAAGGCGUCUUCCUGCUGGCGCUUCUCUGCGCCCAGUGUUGUCUGGCAGGUACCGAGGCGUUGGCCGGCACUCAGAAGUACUGUAUCCGUACAGUCAAGACGCGAUACGGCAUGCUGCGCGGCAUCGAGGCCAGAUCGUCGACGGCCGUCGAGACCUAUUACGGUGUGCCGUACGCGACGCCGCCUCUCGGCGCGUUGCGCUACAUGCCGCCGGUCACCCCGACACCCUGGCGCGGCAUCAAGCUCGCCGACACCAUGCCGCCGGCCUGUCCACAGCGGCCGCCGGCACUGGACGAGAGUCUGCCGCGACAGAGGCAGGCCUACCUCAAGAGGCUGGUGCCCGUACUGGCCAACCAGAGCGAAGACUGUCUGUAUCUGAACCUCUAUGUGCCCAAAGCUCCUCACGGCAGUAUCGCGGACUCGCUGCCGGCUCUUCUCCUUAUUCAUGGCGAUUCCUAUUCGUGGGGCGCCGGAAAUUCAUUUGACGGAACCGCCCUGGCCGCUCAUGGACGCCUUAUUGUCGUCUCCAUCAAUUUUCGUCUUGGCGUGCUGGGCUUCCUGAAAACCGGCGCGAAAGGGAGCGCCCAGGGCAAUUACGGAUUGAUGGACCUGGUGGCGGGUCUUCAUUGGCUGCGCGAGAAUCUCGGGGCUUUCGGCGGCGAUCCUGACCGACUGGCGUUGCUGGGCCACGGCACCGGGGCGGCACUCGCCAAUUUUUUAGCUGUCUCCCCUAUGGCGAAAGAGUUAAUCGGUAGAGUGAUUCUGCUUGGUGGUUCGGCCCUCUCGCCAUGGGCGGUGCAGCGAGAUCCGCUCGCGGUGAAGCGCCGCGUCGCCGAGCAGAUCGAAUGCCCCGGUGACAUCGAGGCCGACGAUAUCGCACCGUGCCUUCGUUUGAGGAGCGUGGAGGAGCUGCUGGCGGUGCAGCUGGAUCCACCGAGGUUCACUUCCGGAUUUGCACCCUUCGUUGACGGGGCCGUUCUGCCACCGACAGUCAAUCAGAAUUUCCAGCCCACUGCCUCUUCUUCGGGACAAAUGCCGAUCGUGCCCGGCCCCGGCGCUGAAUUUGCGGACUUUGGCGACCGUGAUUUACUCUUUGGUUUAACAUCCGAGGAAGCUUGGGUGAACCUCACUAAGGAAGACUUAGAGAACGGCUUGAACGAGACGAGGAGGGACCGUAUAUUGCGCACUUAUGUCCGAAACACAUACCGGUACCAUUUGCAUGAAAUCUAUUCGACUCUUCGGAAUGAGUACACCGACUGGGAGCGGGGCGAGCAGAGUCCCGUGGUGAUCUGCGAAGGUCUCUUAUCUCUCCUCGGAGACGGCCAGGUCGCCGCGCCGCUUCUCAGAUUGGCCCUACUGCAUUCGGCCUCGGAGGGACGCGGCUAUUUCCUACACUUUCAGCCGGGCGAGCAAUCGAGCCAGAGGGGCGAGGAGGUGCCUUAUCUCCUGGGUAUACCUCUUCUUCGCGGCGAAGUCACGUCCGCCCUGCCCGUCUUUGGCAACUACACCCCCGCCGACGAGAAUCUGUCGAAACUACUCGUCCACUACCUGGCUAACUUUGUGAGGCGCGGGGAUCCGAAUGGCGCGAGUCCCUUGUCCUCGGGAUUGGAAAACGGCCUGGUGACGAGUCCGCCGUUCUGGGACUCGUACGAUUCCAUAAAUCAGCUGUACUUGGAAGCCGGUCACAGUCCGGAGAUGCGUUCGCACUACAGAGGCCAUAAGAUGUCCCUCUGGCUGAAUCUACUGCCGCAGCUGCACCGACCGGGCUACGAGAUCAACAUGCGGCAUCAUCAUCUCGCGGAGAACCCAGGCCUCUACGAGGGCCCGGUGCGCCCACAAAGUACGGCUGUACCUAUUCCGGCUCCCCCAUUACCUAUGCCAUCGCCAACGGAACCCUCCUCGAUACUAACCGCGUUGUCGACCACGGAAUGCACCCCGAACGCGACCGUCGCAACGACCAUCACGCCCACGACCUCGCGAACGUUGCAGAUCUCGAACCUGGGUCCGGGCCCCAACAACCUCCUACGCAAACUUGCGUCCAGCCACUACCAAAGUUACACCACGGCUCUCACUGUCACUAUCGCAGUGGGCGUGUUCUUGCUGCUGCUCAACAUUCUGAUCUUCGCUGGGAUUUACCACCAGCGCGAUCGGAACACGAGCGGCGGCGGUCUGUCGGGCGCCUUCAGCAACAAGAAGAAGGAGGAGUUUCUGGAGGCCGGUUGCUCCAGCAUGGAUAGCUCAGGUUCGGGUAAGCAGCGACUGCCGUCUUCCAUGAGUCUGAUGGACAAGUCAUCGUCGAUGCUGCCGCCGCACAAGGCGAAGCUCGUGCAGGAACUUGAGAUGCAGCUGCAAGAGUUCCAGUGCUCGCCGCCGCCCGGGGGCGGCAAGAGGAUCCUGGAGCCGCCGUCCUACAGCAAGAAUCCGUGCAUUCAGCGGACCCGCACACCGUCGCCCUGCGUGGACGCCACCAUCGCCCAGAUGGACGAGGUAAACGACAUCAGUGGCCUUCAUCACGACAGCGAGGACGAGAACGAUGAGCUGCCGGAACCGCCGCCCCCGCCCAAAGUCCCGGCGCCGAACGUCGGUCUCGCGUGCCCUGGAAUUCUGCGGCAGCCUGGGACACCCGGUAGCGCUAAGAAACGUGUGCAGAUUCAAGAGAUCUCCGUGUGAUAGGGUGCGGGAUCUCGACCUCUCUCUCGAAAUCUUUGAUGUUGGAGGAUGCAAUUCGCCGUAAACGAGAUCAAGUGUGUAGGCGAGGGGCGCCUUUGAACUCUGAUUAUUAUCGGGGAUACAGUUUCCGAGGUGCGAGAGGCACGCUCUUCUCAGCCACUGUCGAAACGAAUUUUCGUUCCUCACUUGAGAUUAUGUUACUUUCUUGUAUUCCGUUUGAGAAUAAAUAGCACGCUCUCACGCUCGCGUGUUCAUUGCGUCAGUUUGCUUGUGCGAGACGAAAGCGUGAUCACAUCCUCACGUUAAUAUAAAUUCUCUUCUCGAAAUCGUUCUUGCUCUUAGAACUUAUUACUAAAUGAGGAUUGCUAAACACGAAAACGCGUUCAAGCUUACGAGCUUCUUAUUGCUCGAGUGACGUUUGUGUCAGGAAUGGGGUGUCGACGUGUGCGUACUGUUUUUGCAAUGUAAGAAAGUGAAACAUAUAAACGUAAUUUUUAUUCGUUCCAAACGGAGUUGUACAGUGCCGUGUGUGCCCACGUACAGGUCAACAGCAUUGAAAGUGUGCUUUAUUUCGAGGGGCUUCUUAUCGAGUCAUUCGGUGAUCCGCCGGUCUAUAUAACACAAUUUGGUGAACGCGCAAACGGGCAUGUAAACACGUAAGAGAACGCAGGAGGAGGUUCGUAGUGGAUCCCUUUGUAUCCGAGACGUGAAUCUUCGUCCGUCCAUUAGGGACGGCAACGUCUGGAGCUUGAAAUUCACGGAUCGACCGACCCUUUCACUGACUCUUAAGCCGAGUCCGAUUCGGCGGUCGCGGUCGUUGCGAUGCGGUAUCGCAUAAACGGGGGAUUGACGUAAUCUCAGGAAUAAAAAGAAAUGCAAAGGACAUCUCGCGACUGGCAUACACGGUGUCCGUCAUGGUGCUCGGGCUAAUUCAGGCCUGAAUUUUGCCGUAACACUAAAUGGAAUUAAUGGAAGGAAUUGGUAGUAUUGGGCUUCGACUUCUAGGUUCAUAAGACGACGAGAAUGACUAGCUACUGACAUAUAUAUUUGUGCGAGAGAAUGUGCGUGAGAUAUAGAUGUAUAAGGGAUAAAAGAGUGGAAAGGAAAGGAUAAAAAGAGGAGAGGAUGUAGAGAAAGGGAAACUCUGUGGGAUGUUUGCUUCGUUAGAGUAAUUGGGCGUGUGUGUACAAUCUUGUGCAAGGAAUUAGAACACGUUUGACACGAGAUAGGGUCUAAAUGGCAACGGGGAGUACUUAAGGUGAUGCAGGUGACUCUCCGAUGACUUGUUUUAAAAAUGGUCGUUGUGAAAUUGCAUUUGCGAGAAGAAUUCGAUACGCGAAGUUUUAGUGUUCCAUUGGAAGCGACUGCGUUAUACACUCGAAAUAUCUUUACGAUGUAUACAUUUGUCAGAGAGUAUUGUGGCACGACUUUUCUCCGACUUUAAUAGUCACCUUGAAAAAGGGGCCGGGAAGAGAAAGGAUGGUGGUAAAGUUGCGUUGUUUCAAAAAGUUAUAAAUUUAUCGCAACUUUUUGAUGACCACUAUAAAAGAACAAUAUUUAGAUAAGAGUUCCUACUUUUGACCAGUUAGACAUUAAUUCGCGCAUAAACGCUAUGAAUUAUUGAUAAUAUGUCAACUUAGUUUCGGUUAAAACUAAUUCAUUCCGUUUAUUGUGCACUAAAAUUUUUUUGUUGUUGUCAAUUUGAAGAUUAUCUUUUCUUUUCAUAAAAAUUUAAUUAAAUCACUGUUUGUGUUUAGCUUUUCGAUAGCGGUGGCAAAAUUUAAUGCAAGUUAAAAUUUAUCGUUGAGAGUCAUCUGUACGUUGUAAAUUUUUAUGCAAUAUUGAAAAUAUGGUAGUUGGGAGGCGAAAAGUAUUCGGGUCCAUGUUAAUUUGUUAUGUUUUUCUUCGGGGUGCUUAGACGUAUCGAAUUGGCUUCUAUAAUACGCGAUUAAUGUUCUGAAUCUAAUUGAAUCUGUUCAAGAUUACUGACAGGAGCUUUAUAUUAUGCUAAUGAUUAAAAUUGUUUAUUAUAAAGUGAUCUCAGAUGGCACAAAAGCGUAUAUCUAGCUUUUGAAAACUUAGCUUGAAGGGGCGGUCAGGAUCAAAAUUUAUCAAGUCCCAUAUCUAUAAGGUAUACUUUAAGAAUGGCAUCAGGUAUUGUUGCAAAAUUCAUAAAAGAAAUUGUUAUUGAAGUAUAUGUCGGACAUUUUGUAUGUAAAAUAAGAUAUAUAUAAACUCGUUGGAGGCUAGGCAAGUUUUGGUCUUGAUUUGUCUCGUCAUACAACAGAACGCACAAGGCUCUUCAACGAAAUAUAAUUGGAAAGCGGCAAGAAUUGAAUCUUGACAGUCGCAGGAAACAAGUCCGCCGUAAGAACAUCCGAGUAGAGAGACCGGGCAAGCGCCGUCGUCGUAAGCACCCCUACGACCGUAAGACUUUUCGAGUAAAUGAGAGAGAGAAACCGCGCGAGGGGCCACCGUAAGUAACCUAACUCCUAAUUAACCUAGUCACGAAGGGAACUUGCCAUAAUUGAUUCGAUUGCACUCGCGUGUGUUAUCGUCUACCGGCAGGAUGGUAUUAAGGUAUAUCGUCAAAGAUAGGGAGGGGUGGGUGGGGGAAGUGUCGUGCUAUACAAAAUUGGGAGAGCUAUUCGAUCGAUCCGCAAACGCUGGAGUAAUAAACAGCCGUUCGUCGAAUUUGGAUACGAUCGUCAUGUUAGCUUCAUUUGUAUUGUCACGUGGAGGGACUUAUUGUCAUUUGCGCGACUAAGGCCCGUGAAAGCUCUUUAUUGUCACCGUUCCUUUCAUCUGCAGAUUCUUCAAUUAGAAAACCGAAUUUUUUCUCCUCAAAGUAUUGAGAUUUGACUCUUUGUAACGCUACAUAUAUAAUUUGGAAGUUACUAAUAUAUAUUUAUAUUAUUUUAUUUGUUUGCCAUUCUGUACUAUUGAAUUUUUAGACUAAAAAAUAUAUCAUUUUUAUAUAUUCAAAUUUUGUAUACUGUCGCCAUUACAAUCCAUUAGUAAUUUAAGUUACAAAUUGAAUUCUUUUAUAACGUAAUAUUUAUAAAAUAAUAUUUUUAAAAUAAAAUUUAAUAAUUUAUAUUCCGCGUUUAAUGUUUUUUAUUUAUUAGUUAUGCGAUUUUUUUAUAAGUAAAAAUGUUCAGUUAUUGAGGGUUCAAUCAUUUUUCAGCUAUUAAUCAAAAAUGAAUUUUUAAUAAAUUGACACUAAUUUACAAAAUAAAUGUUAAUAAAUUUACGAAAUUGUUAAAUAAAAUGCAAAAAUAUAACAUUUUAUCUUUCAAUAUAUUUAAAAGUUGUAAAAUUGUUCAAUUAAGAAUUUUUCUACGAGAAAGCGAUUUAAUUAAAGGAAAGACUGGAAUUCAACUAGAUCUGCAGAUCAAAGAAAUGAUGGUAGAUACUUGCAUGACAGUGGGAGACAUACAAAAAGACAGAAAGAAGGGUACUAUGGACAUAACAUAGAUAACCGAAGGCAAAUUGACAUGCUGCCACAAUCUAUCUUGUGUCUAUAGAAAGCGCACAGAUACAAAAGACACACCCAUACGUAUAUACAACUAUCAAUGUUUGGAAUGUUGGAAUUUGUUUAAAUAAAUACUUAAAGAUUCAAAGCGUAAA